AUGGGAUUGGGUCGGAACAAGCUGGCCAUCCUGCUUCUGGUUCUGUCCAUCUCCGUCCUCCUCUACCUGCUUCUCCCCUCCGCCAAGCCGGACCUGGAGGAGCCCAGAGUGGAGAGCGCGCGCUCGGACCCCCAGGACAGCAUGAACGUCAGCGUGAGGACCGCCACCCUGUCCGGGGACUGGCCCACCUUCUACCGGGAGGCCACGCCGCGCAGCGCCCUAGAGGGCGGCCCGGCCGAGAGGUUUGCGGUGCUCCUGUUACACGGCCAAUCCUUCACCUCACAGACCUGGGAAAACCUGGGCACUCUGCAGAUCCUCUCGGAACACGGAUAUCGGGCGCUGGCCGUCGACCUGCCAGGAUACGGCCAAUCACUGCAGGCUCAGCCGAUGUCGUCAGAGAAAGGCCGCACAGACUACCUGCUGCACAUCAUGGAGUCCCUGGGGGCCCGCCAGCCGGUUCUCAUCAGUCCAUCCAUGAGCGGCCUGUUCUCCUUGCCCCUCCUCCUUCAGCAUCCGGACCGCCUCCGAGCAUUUGUCCCCAUCGCCCCUGUCGGGACCAAAAGCUUCAAGCCGCAGCAGUACCAGCAGAUCCAGGUCCCCACCCUCAUCGUCUACGGCACACUGGACACCAAUCUGGGCAGCCAAUCCCUGGAGAGCCUGCAGAACCUACCCAACCACACCCUCAGCCCGCUGAAGGGGGCGGGGCAUGCAUGUUACAUGGACAGACCUGAAGAAUUUCACUCCUCCUUGCUAAUGUUCCUCAGCAAACUUUAA